AUGGCGCCCAAGCCCAACCCAGCAAGGCCCGACACCAACCCGGUGCACGGCCAGACGGUCGAAGAUAAGCCUGCCAACCCAACGCCCUCUCCUUCCUCCUCGUCGGGCCCCUCCGCACGCGAGCGACUGGCUUCUCUCGCCUCGCACCUCUUGCCCGGCGGCAACACUGAAUUCGACUAUGUUAUCGUCGGCGGUGGCACAGCAGGCGCUGUUCUGGCCAACCGUCUCACCGAGGACCGCAACGUCUCUGUCGCCGUCAUCGAAGGAGGCCCGACGGACGUCGGCAACGACAUGGUGCUCGACCUCAAGCGCUGGCUCGAGAUGCUCGGCUCGGAUCUCGACUACGACUACCCGACCGUGCCCCAGCCGCGCGGUAACUCGUUCAUCCGUCACUCUCGCGCCCGCGUGCUCGGCGGCUGCUCGUCGCACAACACGCUCAUCUCGUUCCGCCCUUUCAACGCGGACCUGGACGACUGGGCCAACAACUACGCUUGUCCCUCGUGGAGCGCCAGCACCGUGCAGCCGUAUGGCGACCGACUGAAGAUGAACAUUGUUCCUGUGGCGCCGCAGCAGAGGAACCAGGUGGCACGCGAUUGGGUGCUCGCCUCGUCGCGUGCUACGGGCGCUCCUGUGCUCGAGGAUCUCAACGCGCACAUUGUCCACCGCGGCGGCUUCCAAAAAGCGGUCGGGUUCUUUGACAUCGCCUACGACCCGUACUCGGGCCAGAGGAGCAGCGCGUCGGUGGCGUACCUGCAUCCGAUCAUGCCUCACGGUCCGCACAAGCGUCACAACCUGCACCUGUUCCUCGAGACGUGGGCCAACACGCUCGAGUAUGCAGCCAACGACAGCAGCAAGGUGACCGGUGUCAAAGUGACGACCAAGCAUGGGCUGAGCAAGACGCUCACGGCGCGUCGCGAGGUGAUCCUGUGUGCGGGUGCGAUCGACACUCCGCGUCUGCUGCUGCACUCCGGAGUCGGACCGCGCAAGGACCUGGAAGCGCUCGGCUUGCCGUGCAAGCACGAUGUUCCCGGCGUGGGGCUCAACCUGACCGACCACCCAGAGUCGAUCGUCAUGUGGGAGACGCGCGAUACCCCUCCCGAGACGGUCAUGUCUUCGGACGCCGGCCUGUUCCUCCGCGUUCUCGAGCCCAACGCCGAACCCAACCCGCAUCCUGGACCGGAUCUCAUGUUCCACAUCUACCAGGUGCCCUUUGCCGACAACACGGAGCGCGUCGGGUACGAGCGUCCCAAGCACGCCAUCUGCAUGACGCCCAACAUCUGCCGCUCGCAAGCGCGUGGCAAAGUCUCGCUCGCCUCGAACAACCCGCGCGACAAGCCGUUGCUCGACUUCAAGUACUUUGAGGACAAGGACAACUACGACGAGCGCAUCCUCAUCGAGGGUGUCAAGUGGGCGCGCAAGAUCGCCGAGCAGUCGCCGUUCAAGGAGCACCUCGUCAAGGAGGUCGCCCCCGGACCCGCGAUCCAGUCGGACAGGGACAUUGGCGAGUACGCGCGCAAGGUCGCACACACCGUCUACCACCCCGCAGGCACGUGCAGGAUGGGCACCCCCAGCCCGGCACAUGGCGGAAACGGCAGCGACGAGACCGUCGUCGUAGACGAGAAGGACUUGAGGGUCGUCGGGCUGAAGGGCGUCCGGGUUUGCGACGCUAGUGUGCUCCCGACGCUGCCGACGAUCAACCCGAUGCUGACGAUUUUGAUGGUCGCCGAGAGGGCCGCCGAGUUGAUCCGUGACGAUGCUUGGGAGAACGGCCUGAGGAAGGUCAACUUUCACUAG